GCGUUGAAACAAACCGGUUGUGGUUGUUCACAAGGUUCCUAACAAGCUAUGGAAAAGUCGUUGAAAUUGGAGAUUCGUUUAAUUUUUGAAUUUGAAGCGGUAUGUUCACUUAAUUGGCGGUUUCAGUCAUUUCAGCUUUUUUUAAGCGCCACCUGACAUCACUAAAAUGAGCAAACGGCUAUUUUGACAUCUUUCACAUCAACAAAAAUAAGAUUUACGGAACCAACAGAUCAGUAAACAUCAAGAAUGGAAAAAUUAAUUGAUUUUGGGACUAUGUGCCGCAUAUGUUUGUCGGAAAAGGACUGCAUUGAUAUAACAGACGAAAAUCGAGUCAUAAUCUCGACCAAACAAUCUGACGAUGACCAGGACGAUGUUACGACGCCAAUCAAAAAUGCAUUCUUCUACUUCUCAUCGCUGAGGGAUUGCAUCUCCGAAGCACCGAUGAUAUGCGCAAAUUGUGCCAAUCGCCUUGCAUCCGCUUACGAUUUCGCCAUGAAGGUUUCCGAUUCUGACAAACGAUUCGUCGAUCUAUUUGACGAAUCGAGUGUGUCGAAAAUAAUCGAAUGCGUCGAUGAGGUGGAAUCUGCGGUCAGUCCGCAAAUUGUUCAAUUCAACGAAAUGGCAGACAUCUCGAAUGUGGAUGAAUUGGAUGACAGCAUAACCGUUUCGGAUCACGACCAACAAGACUAUGACGAAAGCUGCUAUGUGGUGAAAACGGGCAGAACGAUGCAAAACAGACUAUCGGAAGGUAUUGGAAAUUAUGUUGCGGUUCCCCAAUACACUAUCACGACUCAACCGCAAGAGGUUGACAUGUCGGACAUAUCGCUGCUAUCGAAAGAUCGAACCACACCAGUUAUUGUGAAAACAGUCGACGUAGCGGCCGUCCACAUCGCCAGCGACAAUCUGGACUUCAACGACAGUUUCUUGUGCAAAGACUACGAAAAUGACAAGGACUCAAUGUACAUGUGCAAAUACUGUCCGAAAGCGUUUGCUUCGUCGCACCACUUAAUUGUACACACGAAAAAGUCACACGUUUGCCAGUUUUGCUUGAAAGGAUUCCGGCUGCCCACAGAACUGUACGAGCACAUACGAACGCAUAAAGAUUUCCGUUGUCAUAUUUGCAAGAAACCGUUCAACACCAACAGCAAUCUACGGUCACAUUUGCGGAAGAUUCACAAUUUGAAACUGCCGGCUAACACUUCGUUGCUUACGCUGUAACUUGGAGUCAAUACAUAGUUCUUACAAUGUUA